UCUUUUAAUAACUUGGAAUGCAAAAGCUUAAAGCUACAAAUUCAUAAAUCUCAAAAGCAAAUAUGAAAAAGAAGCAACUAAGUCCAGGAAUGGUGAACAAGGAAUUGCUUUCCAUAUAUCCCUAUCCCGGCCAUAAAGGGAGAAGCCCACCUUAGCACCUUCACAUUUGUCUUCUUUCUCUCUAAGUUUAGUAUCCUCCUCUCCUUCUCCAUUAAGGAAGUUAAAAUCUUCACCCUACAAAACCCUGCACAGAGCUUGCCUGUUAGUGUCUUCAAUUGAGAGAGGCUGAUAGAGAUAUGACUACAGAUUGGGCACCGGCGGUCGUGGCGGUGGGAUUAUUCAUACUACUAUCACCAGGGCUACUGUUUCAGCUACCAGCAAGGGCAAGGGUGGUGGAAUUUGGGAACAUGUACACCAGUGGGAUUUCAAUUCUAGUUCAUGCCAUUAUCUACUUCUGUAUAUAUACUAUCUUGAUCAUUGCGUUUCAUAUUCAUAUAUUCUCAGGUUGAUCAAUCUUUCAUGACUACUUCCCCUCAACAACUCUUUAACUUUUUUCCCUUUCUCUUUCCCCCUCCCUCUCCUACUCAUUACUUCCUGUAAAGCAAAUCGGUUGUGAGAUGGGUUUCCUUUUUUUUUUUUUUUUUUUUUCUAUUGAUUUGUAAUCUUUGAUUGACAUCUUAGUUGAUCAAAUAGUCUUACCAAGAAAAAAAAAAGUUGAUUUAAUUCGGAAAAAAGAAAGUUUUCUCA